AUGGAUCCUUCGUGGGGGGCUUCGCAAUUUCCGUUUUCGGGUUCCCAACAAACACCCAACGCCUUCUCACAAAUGUCUCAACUUCAACAAAUGCAACAAUACCAAGCACUCCAACAAAUCAUGCAACGCAACACGUUUGAACAACUCCAAUCGCAACCGCAACCCCCGGUUCAACUUGACGAUGAUGAUGAAGAAGUCGUCCCCGAAUCGCCACCGCAAGAGCUCACGCGAAACAACCAAACGGGUAGUAGUUUUUGGAAGAAGACAACGGAUAGAUUUAACACGAUUAUGGAGCAUGGUCCGGCUCGUGAUAUCGAAUCCGUCUCGGGCAAGUGGCGUAAAAUGAUCAAGGUCCCCGGGAGUAACGACGAGGACAUUCUUAACCUUGCUAUCGCCAAGUGGGACUCUCAAAAUUCAACGCCUUUCCCCCACUUCCGAGCAUGGAGCGUUGUAAGGAAAGAACAAAAAUGGAAGCCGGUUCCAAAUGAGGUCGCAACGGCCAAACGGACUAAAACUUCCGAGUCCGGAAGUUAUAGUGCGGGAGGCUCCACCGCUCGUUGUCAAAUCGACAUAAACGACGACCCGGAAGAUGACGAGGAUGUGUUGCCCGUUCACGAGUCGGAACGUCCAACCGGGAGGGACAAAGCAAAAAAAGAAGCGGCCAGAAAGCAAAAAGGGGCCGGCUCGAGUGGAGGUGGGGCCGAGAAGGCAUCGUCGAAAAUGGACGACUUGAUAAACGAAUUCCGUUCGUUCAAAGAGUUCGCGGCCGAAAAAUAUACUCACAAGAAAACCGUGUCGGCCGACUAUGCUCGAGCGGAAGAUUUUAGGAUUAUGAGGUUGGAUCUCGACUCGGUUCCGGAGGAUGAACGCGAGGUUUAUCGGAGGAUGAAAGAAGAGGACUACUAA